CUCCCCGCCUUGCCAGCUACUUUCUAUUUAGUUAACAGUCACCCAGGAACGUUUUCCAAUUAUUUCCAGCAGGAAAAACGCCCCCCAUUUCCCUUUGUCCCAGUAGCCAUGAUCGAGAUUAUCUGCAACGACCGCCUGGGCAAGAAGGUCCAUGUAAAGUGCAACCCGACUGACAAGAUUGGCGAUGUCAAGAAGCUGAUUGCGGCCAUGACUGGCACGAGACCCGAGAAGAUCACGCUGAAGCGGUGGAACUCGGUGUUUAAAGACAACAUCACGCUUGACGACUACGAGGUGCAUGAUGGCACCAACAUUGAGCUCUACUAUACAUAAGCAGCGUGCUGUCUCAAGUAUACUGCACUGCCCACCAACGCAGCUAUGCAUAUCCUUGGUCUGCCAUGGCCAUAUGUAUAGCCACAGCAGCAAUGUUUGUGCGGAAAUAAAUGCUACUGUCUUGCCCAAA